AUGAACGGGGUCAUUCACAACUGCUCCCACGGCGCAGGAACGGAUACGAACACGCGCAUGACCGAAGAAGAGAUGAUGGCGAAAGUAUUCGCGUAUUUAGACCACAUAUAUCGAAUGGUGCGACCGAAAAAGUUGCUGUAUAUGGCGAUCGACGGCGUCGCGCCGAGAGCGAAGAUGAAUCAACAGCGGUCGAGACGGUUUCGGUCGGCGAAGGAAGCGGAAGAGGCGAAGGCGGAGGCGUUGGCGAAAGGCGAACCGGAAGCGCAGGGGGAACCGUUCGAUAGUAACUGCAUUACGCCCGGGACGGAAUUUAUGGCGAGAUUGACGGAGCAUUUGAAGUUUUACGUGAGGAAGAAGCAAACGGAGGACGUGGCGUGGAGGAACGUGAAAGUGAUUUUGAGCGGGCACGAAGUCAGAGGAGAAGGCGAACAUAAAAUCAUGGAAUAUAUUCGUUGGGAGAGAUUGAAACCGGAUUACGACGCGAACAUGUCGCAUUGCUUAUACGGUUUGGAUGCCGAUUUGAUCAUGUUGGCCUUGGUGACGCACGAACCGCACUUUUGUUUGCUGAGAGAGGUUGUGAAAUUUGGCGGUGGUGAGAGAGGGCAACCAUCGAGAGAGAUUUUAGAACGUCCGAGCGACGAUGGUUUUUUGAUGUUACAGGUUGGUUUGCUGAGAGAGUAUUUGGAUUUGGAAUUUCAACGAUCGGUGAAAGGAGCGUGCGGAUUCGCCUACGACGUGGAGAGAGUUAUCGACGAUAUCGUGUUUUUGUGCAUGCUGGUCGGGAACGAUUUCUUACCGCCAUUACCGACGUUAGAUAUCGCCGAAGGUGCUUUGAAUACGCUUUUUGAUACGUACCGAGACAUGCUUCCGUCUUUGGGCGGGUACAUUUCCGGCGACGAAGGAGGCGGAACGUUCAACGCGCCUCGCUUGGAAAAGAUUCUAACGCGCAUGGCGGGUUUCGAACGCGACGUUUUGGAGCAACGAGCGAUGGAUGUGCAAGAAUUCGACGAGAAACAAGCCAAACGAAAUAAUAAGAAUGGUAAGAGAAAUGGUCAUCCUUCGGAUUCGGAAUCGUUUACCGAUUUAACCGCCAUGGAACAAUUUGAAGCCGAAUUACUCAAGGCGAAAGAGGAAGGGAAACCAGAACCGACGAUGAUGUCCGUCGCGAAACGAAACGCCAUUCUCGAAGGCGGCGCCGACGGUCUUCAACAAUACAAGGACAUGUAUUACAGAGAGAAACUCGAGUUGAAAGUCGGCGAAAAAGCGCCGGUCGAUGAGUUACGCCAGGCAUACUUUGAAGGUUUGAAUUGGGUCUUGAGAUACUACUACCGUGGCGUUGCCAGUUGGACGUGGUAUUAUCCGUAUCAUUACGCGCCGAUGGCGAGUGAUUUAUGUGCGGGGUUAGGUCAGUUGACGGUUAAGUUUAAUUACGGGCGACCGUUUUAUCCUUUCGAGCAGCUCAUGGCGGUCCAACCUCCGGCUUCAAGCCAUCUGCUCCCGGAACUCUUUCGUCACUUCAUGACGGAAGAAUCGUCGCCGCUGAAACCGUUCUUCCCGGAUGAAAUCAAAAUAGAUUUCGAAGGUAAAAGAAACAGUUGGGAAGGCGUCGUUUUACUCCCGUUCUUAGACGAGAAGGUGUUGAAAGAUGCCAUCGCUUCCGUUUCAAAAGAGAAGCUCACGGAUGCGCAAAACAAACGCAACGCGCCGGGCGAGUGCAUCGUUUUCGAACGCGACGAAAACUGUACCGAUGCUGUAAACUCAACCGUUCCGAAAACAUUUGCCGGCUUGUUCCCGGCUAAAUCGAAGAUGACGUACGAACAACCGCCCGGGGAGUUCCCAGACGAUGCCAAGUGUUUGGGAGGUAAGAAUCCAUUGUUGCCGGGUUUGAAAAUCGAAACCAUCGCGGAUUACCCUCGAGGAUACCCGACAUUUAAAACCGUAGAAAUCGUUCGUGGCGAUUUGAAACACGCGAAAUGCGUGGUGUUUCAAACUGCGACGAGGAAAGAGUCUUUAAUCGUAAAAAUUGGGAAAGGUUCCGAAGAUUUCAUUGGAAAAGCGUUGCCGAAUGUGGCGGACAAAUCCGUCGGUCUCACCGCAGAAGCCGUCGCGAAGACGUAUCUCAACGAACGCGUCUACGUGAAAUGGCCGUAUUUGAAAGAGUCCUUGUGCGUGGGUGUUUCCGAUCAAAAGUGUAAAUACGUCGUCGGUCCGGGCCAAACCACCGUCGCGAAGCCGCACGACAGCGCGCAAUGGCACGCGGACGUGACAAACGGCAGCAACGAGCUAAUGCGAACGCAAGGCGUGGAUUGUGCGAACACGAAAAUUGCUUUACACGUUCGAUCGUGCGAAGGAUUAGUGAGGCAUCCAGAUGGGACGUUACAAAAACGGUUCUCGAAAACCGAAGUAGUCGUCCCGAUGCAGUUGUGUCUCGCCGCGCACCCGAGAGAUAAAAGCGAAGCGGAAGCGGCGAAAGAUUUAGGCGUCUCGGAAGACGACGACAUGAAAGUCACGUGGCGCGAAGGCGACGAGGCUUUAUUCUUAGGUCGCUCGCAUUUCGGUUCCCACGUCAAAGUCGUUUCGAAAGACCUGAAAUCUGGGAACUUAUUCGUCGAUGUCGAACCUGUGAGAUUAGACACCGGCGUCGGGAGAAGAAUUCUCCAAGGGUACGCCUCUCGCUUUGAAUCCGCCGGUCAAAUCGCUCGAAAGCUCGGCAUCGAUCCGAGAGUCAUGGGUCAAAUCACAUCUGCCGUCUGGACGCGUUUAACUAAGGAUGCGGGCAAGAACGAACGCGUGGACGUCGGUUUGAACUUGCGCAAAUCCUCGGAAGACUUGUGCGUCGCCGGGUUUUCUCGCAAAGGCGAGAAAGGGUGGGAAUACUCCGUGGACGCUCAGAGAUUAAUUUCGGAAUAUAAAAAGCAUCACCCGUGGGUGUUUGAAGCUUUGAGAAACGAAGCUGGAAGCGAUAACGGAGGAGUGAUUACGAUGUCGGAACUCUUCGAAACGCACGAUUUAGAUACGAACAAACAUUUAGUGGCUGAAGCGAAGAAGUGGCUCAAGUCGCAACCGGCGUCGAGACGACCGUUGGUGCCUUCGGACUCUGUCGUCGCGGCCGAGGAAGCGGUGAGAGCGUUAGCGGCGACGAUUGGCGAUCAGUCUGCGAACUACAAGCAACCUAUGCCGGUGGCGUUGGAAGGCGUCAGUCCUCUGUUGCUCAUGAAACCAGUCAUUCCAGGUGAAGUGAUGGAUUUAUACGCCGGAGGUGACUUUGAAUUGGGCGAUCGCGUGGCGUACGUCGGUGAAUCCGGGACGCCUCCAUUCUGCUCUCGUGGCACGGUCGUCGCCAUUCAUGGGUAUACCGACGCGCACACCACGCACAUGGUUGCCGAACACGUGGAGAUUAUGUUUGACGGAACGUUCGUUGGUGGAAGUGAUUUGAGAGGGGCGCUGCCAGAUUGCAGAGGUGCGAUGAUUGCGGUGUCUUCGGUUGUGAACUUGUCGCAUCCGCCGGCGAUGCCGAGCUUAGGUAAAGCGGCGCCGGACGUCGUCAAAAAAGUUGAGAACAUAAGUUUAGAGGACGUAAUGAACUUGAACUGGAAAGGCGGGUCGGAGAACGUCAAGAAGCAAGCGGAGAAGCCGAAACCGGUUCCGGUCGCCGUCGCGAACCGACAACCAACGUUACCGGGCGAGAAGGGUUUUUCAAAAUCCGCUGGUCGCGGUAGAGGCGUAUUAGCUGCAUCGAACUCAACGGCGCCUGGCAAACCGCUCGGUGCCAUGGAACAAAUCAAAUUGCUCGAGCAAAAAGCGUUGGCGGAACAACAACAACAACAACAACAACAACAACAACAACAACAACAACAAACGAAACCUCCACCUCCGACGAAGAAAAAAGGCAUCAUCGGAUCUUUGAAAGACUUGUUGAAGAAGACGCCGCCGCCGAAACCGGAAGAAGAGGCGGACGAAAAAGCUACGACGAAGCCGAAGAAACCGGCAGCGCCUGCCGUCGUGUCUUCUUUAGCCGAUAUCGAAGCAAAGUUAGCGCAACAAACACAACCGGUUGUUGCUGCUUCUGCGCCGUCCUCUUUGGCGGCCUUAGAAGCAAAGCUCACGCAGCAAUCGAUAUCUCAAGCUCCACCUUCAAGCGGCGGCGGCAGCACUUCGUUGCAAGCGCUCGAAGCCAAACUGUUACACUCUUCCGCGGCGCCCGUUCCUCCAACGCCGCCGCCGCAAAAGUCAAUGCCUCCGCCGCCCAAACCUCAACAAGAACAAAAGCCAAAGAAAACCGGCUGGGCUCCGGUGGAAUCCGUCCAACCCGUCAACGUCAUGUCCGGCAAACCAUCUUCAAAAGCACCAACGCCUUCCCAACAGCAAAGACCGCCGCCGGUGGUUAAAGACGAAACGCCUCCGCCGCUUCCGUCCAAACCGGUCGAAGCGACGAAAGCGAAACCUUCCUUCGUCCCGAGAUCCGCGGCGAGGAAAAUCGCCGCGAAACCCAAAGAACAACUGCAGAAACAAAAAGAACAAAAGGAAGAGUUGCACUUGUAA